GGAAUAGGCAGGGCGUGCUCACAGACCGCGGUAUAAACUGCAGUUUCUAUUUGGGGUGCCCAGGGACAAGAGCACCGGCAAGGAAAGCCAGCACCAGUGCCAUGGGCCAGCUUUGCUGCUUUCCUUUCUCAAGAGAGGAGGAAAAAAUCAGUGAGUUGGAAAGCCCGUCCUCUACCGUCCUGCAGAGGUACAGAAAGGAUAUACCCAGUUGGCCACGUGGUGAUAAGAAUGGAGGUGAGCCUGAUGAUGCGGAACUGGUAAGGCUCAGUAAGAGGCUGGUGGAGAACGCAGUGCUCAAGGCUGUCCAGCAGUAUCUGGAAGAAACACAGAACAAAAGCAAACCAGGGGAUGGGAGCUCUGUGAAAACUCAAGAGGCUGAUAGGAAUGGCAAUGACAGUGACAACAACAGGAAAUGAGACCCCAGUGCAGGCAGGCCCCCCUGCUGCUCUGUGAGAAGCAUCCGGCUCCCCUCUGCUGAGUCAACGGACUACUUUGCAUUGUGCUGUUUAAGUGUCUCUUGUCCAAACUGUGGAGAUUGCCUAAUACUUUCAUGAUCAAUGUGUUUGCUUUUCGGAAGCACAACAGAAGAGAAUGGAGUGCUGGGGCUAGCAGAGGAAAUUCACUUAUGAAGGAAGAAUGGCCCGAAUUUCACUUGCCUUCAGCCAUAGCCGAGGGAGACGGGACUUUGGGUUAUGCCUCAUGGACUCAAAUUAAAGGCCUUGGAAGGGGCCUUGCCAUCAAUGGAAUACUGCCAUUUAUAUUGCUUAGCAGGGCAUUUGACCACUUAACCUGAGGCCAAAACGCACACACAGCUAACAAGUGCUAAAUUUAAAAUUACCACUGUUGAAAUUGUUUUCCGCACUGUUAGUCCAUAAUGUCUAACAUUUGUCCUAUGUCCGCUGUGGCUAUGCAGUGAAUUUCAUUUACCGUAAAUUUGUUUCAUGUAAAGUAUAUAUUUUUGGCAAAAUGCAACCUUUUCUAUAACAUGUGGGCAACAUUUUAAAGGUUUCUUUUAACCUUCUUUUGAUAAGUCUGUGUGCCAUAUUUAAUAGUUUUCAUUGGCCUUUGUAUGUAAAAUGUAUUAUAUAAUUUUUUUUUUCCACAGGCAAGAAACCUAUUGGAUUCCGGGAGUUAAUUAAUGAAGCUUUGCGUCGAGAAAGGAUGGGUCUGAAGUCCAAAGUGAAACAGUUAAAGGAACU